AUGAUGCACGUGCGCGCACUUUAUAAUUAUAUAUUGUACUUCGACAAUCUGGAGGUAAUCAUCGAGCCGAUAGACGAGGCAUCCACAGCUGCUACCCCAGCCCCCAUUAAGGCCUCCCUCUACUCCUCUAAAUAUCUUGCGGCAGAGGAAGGAGAGUGGGAGCACCGACAAUUGCUUGCUAGCGGUAUAAUAUUAUUCGCAAUGAGCCCUGGGCCGUACGGCAGGUACGAGACGUACGAACUUCUCUGGUUGGAAAUCGAUGAAGACGACGAAUUCUCAACGAAGGAUGCUACCUAA